AUGAAGGUUUCUGUAGCUAUCCUCGCCGUUGCUGGCGGUGCCGAGGCCUUCUGGCGUAUGGAGUGCCGCGGCACUUUGGCUGUCGGUCGUAUCGACCCUCUGGUCAACUUCGGUGAACCUGCGGCUCAUGCCCACUCGAUUCACGGCUCUUCCGGUUUUAGUGAAAAGGCCGAUUUCGAGGACCUAGUUGGGGCUGACUGCACUUCUUGCGCUGUCACCCAGGAUAUGUCUGCGUACUGGACUCCUUCUCUCUACUUCCAGCAUUCCAACGGCUCCUUCGAGCUCGUCCCCCAGGUCGGCGGUCUGUUGUCCUAUUACUUCCUCUUCAAGGAUGCUGCCAACCCCGACAGCGGCAUCAAGGCGUUCCCUCCCGGAUUCCGCAUGAUUGCCGGAGACGCUGCGCGCCGCAACUAUACGAUUGCCGGCAGCAACGUCAAGGAUGUCGACCCUGAGAAGUCCGUGUGGGCCAGCCUUGGACAGACUUCCCAGGACGAUCUGACUCAGCGUGCCAUCGGAUUCAACUGCCUCAACUACAACAAGGCUCCCGAGGGUACUCUGUACCGUCACUACAUGCCGGACAAGGACUAUCUCGAUGCCAACUGCGCCGAUGGUAUUCGCGCCGAAAUCAUGUUCCCUUCUUGCUGGAACGGCAAGGAUCUCGACUCUGAUAACCACAGGUCCCACAUGGCGUACCCCGAUCUUGUCAUGAACGGCAACUGCCCCAAGGGUUUCGAGACCAAGGUCCCUGGUCUCAUGUAUGAGACCAUUUGGGCUACUAAUGCCUUUGUCGGAAAGCCUGGUCAGUUCGUCUUCGCCCACGGUGAUGUUCAGGGCUUUGGUUACCAUGCCGAUUUCAUGACCGGCUGGGACGAGGACUACCUUCAGCAGGCCGUUGACACCUGCACCAACGACAGCGGAAGGAUUCAGGACUGCCCCAUCUUCAACAUCCAGAGCGAGGAUGACCAGAGACAGUGCACCUUCAAGAAGAGCAACUGGCUCGUCAAGCUGUUCCAGGGUACUCUCAACGAGAAAGUUACCGGCAUGAUUGGCGACUCCCUUCCCGGCAACGUGAAGAUUGCUUACGGACCCGAGCCCGCCAAUGGCCCCAAGGCCGCAUCGCACACCACCCCUAUCGAGGUCCCAACUGCUACUUACUCUCAAGGUGCUACUGUCACCAACGGCGACUACAUGCCCGGAGGCAUUUUCAAGGCUGCUAAGGUCGGCACCUCCGCUGCUGGAAGCGCUGUCGAACCCAUCAUCUCGACUACCACUCUCGUCUCCAUUGCUAAGCCAUCCUCGGUCGUCCCCAGCUCGACUACCGAGGCUUCGUCUGUUAUCACUGAGGCACCUUCCGUUGUCGCGGAGGAGGAUGGCGAAUUCACCGCCGUCAGGACCGAGUACAUUACCAACGGCAACGUUGUCAGCAUGGUUAUCGUUAAGGAGGCUCUCGAGUACGUGACCGUCACGACCACUACUGUUACGGCUGUCCAAACCGUUCAGGCCCGCCACUACUCUCAGUACUUGCAUCGCCACAAGGUCCGCCACGCUGCGAACCACCGGGCUUAA